CGCGAGGCGGCCAUGGCGACUUUCUUCGGGGAGGUGGUGGUGGCCCCGUCCCGGGCCGGCCUGGACGAGGAGGAGGAGGCGCGGGAGGAGACGCCCGAGGACCGCGAGAUCCGCAGGGAGAUCGAGAAGAAAAGGGAGAUCCAAGUGCUGUGGAGCUGUGCUGAGGAGUCCCUGGUGUGCUCCAGAUUCAUCGUGGCCAUCGGCAGGAACGCUGCGGCUUUCCUGUCAUCUUUUAUCCUGGACUCUGUGUGCUGGGAAGUGAUUGGAGUUGUGAAGCUGUGGAAUGAGUGGUGCAGAACAUCCAGCAGCACAAAUGUCCUCCCCACAGACUCUUUCUGUUUGUUCUACAGAUUGAUAUCCGACCCCACAGUUUUAUUGUGCCAGUGUAGUUGCUAUGUGGCUGAGGAUCAACAGUUCCAGUGGCUUGAGAAGGUUUUUGGCUCCAUGCAGAAGAAAGGCUUGCAAGUCACCAUCCUUUCCACGUGUCCUGUAGCUGAUUAUAAAACUCAGGAAUCCACUCUGACCCUUGUGUCUCCAUUCCUGAAAGCCUUGAAGACCAAAGAAUUCCAGGAGCAGGUCUGCUGCCCACUGCUGGAGCAGCCCAACAUUGUGAGGGACCUUCCUGCUGCUGUGCUGAGUUACUGCCAGGUGUGGGACAUCCCUGCAGUGCUCUACCAGUGCUACACUGAUGUCAUCAAGCUGGACACAGUCACCAUUGAAGCCUUCAAGCCUCUGCUCUCUUCUGAGCUCCUGAAGAGUUUAGCCAAGGAUGCCUCUGAAAGCACAAAGAUCCUGAAGAAGUUCCUGACAGCCAGUGAAACUCACAAUAACAUCUACAUCUGACAAGGACAGUUGUGCUGCACUUUUGUAAACUCCAGUUUCUUCUCUUGAGGACUUCUGGGAUUUUAUUUUUUUUCCUUUAUAGUAGAAUAAAUUCCAGUAGAUUUUUUUACUUUCCCGCUCAUUUUUGUUGCUUUUAACUUCAUCACUGAACACCCUUCUGCAUGGUUUGGAAGAUUCUUCUGGAGUGAUUUUAGGAAAGAUUUUGGAUAUGAAAAUCUACUCCUUUUUUUCCUCCUGAAGGGAUUGUUUUACCUAAAAGUAUUCCUUUUAUAUUUCAAAGAGGAAAAUGCAGAUAAGGAAUUUUGUCUGUAUUUAACAAGACCUCUCCAUUUUUUACUUUAUUUUGAGAUCUGAAGGUUUUUCUAAUAUUUGAUGCUCUUCAAAAGAUUUGUCUGUGAUCAAGAAAAUGCAUUUUCUGUCCUUUCCCAUCCACAGAGAAUUUUGCUUGUGUUUAUUUAUGGCUCCACAUGCCCUUUUUAAUGUAUAUAUUGAUACAAAAUGCAGUAAUUCAAGUGCGGUAAAUGCCAG